UUCCCGCCAUUUUUUCCCAUUUUCGCCCCGUUUCUCACCGUUUUAUUCCCCUUUUUUCCUCUUUUUCCCCCAUUUUCCCCCUUUUCCCCCCCAGGGAACGCUCUGCUGCGGCGGCUGGUGCGGAUCGGGGUUCUGGACGAGGGGAAGAUGAAGCUGGAUUACAUCCUGGGGCUGAAGAUCGAGGAUUUCCUGGAGCGGCGGCUGCAGACCCAGGUGUUCAAGCUGGGCCUGGCCAAGUCCAUCCACCACGCCCGGGUGCUCAUCCGCCAGCGCCACAUCCGGGUGAGGAAGCAGGUGGUGAACAUCCCGUCGUUCAUCGUGCGCCUGGACUCCCAAAAACACAUCGACUUCUCCCUGCGCUCCCCCUACGGGGGGGGGAGGCCCGGGAGGGUCAAGAGGAAAAACGCCAAGAAGGGCCAGGGG